AUGUCAGAAAGCUCAAUCUUGCUCUACGAAAACAAAAGUGAAAGGGUGAGUGGAAGACCUUGGAAAGAUACUCCAAAUCUAAAAUCCAGGCUUAAAAAAAGAGUCACGGGCAAGAAAAAGAGUUACGACGAGAGAAUUAGAGAAAAAAAAGAAAUUCAGAGAAUCAGGGGAAUAGAGCUAGCUGAGAAGGAGGAACGAGCUAACGCAAGAAAGGAAGCUAAAGAAAGAAAGAGACAAAAACAACAAGCUAAGAUAAACAGGGAAAUACUUUCAUCAGGAGUACAGGUUAUUACUAGGACUGAUAAAAUUAAGAACUGGAACAAAAAAGCCAGAAAGAUGUUGAGAAAAGUCUCAUUGGAGGCUCUAAACUUGAAAUAA